CGGUCGGGUUCGCCCGGUCUUCUCCGGCAACCACGUGUGUUUAGGCUGGACGCUUCCUCUGAGCUAUUGCGGUUGUUGGUGUUUCCCUGAUCUGGGUUGCCGAGGUCCUGCAGGGCCGUGAGGACGUCACCAUGCCUAAAGCCCUAAAGGGAAAACUUGUAGGACGGGAAAAAAAAGUCAUCCACCCAUAUAGUAGAAAAGCAGCUCAAAUUACAAGAGAGGCCCACAAACAAGAAAAAAAGGAAAAAUUGAAGAAUGAAAAGGCAUUGCGUCUCAACCUUAUUGGUGAAAAACUGCAGUGGUUUCAAAGUCAUCUUGAUCCCCAAAAAGUAGGAUAUUCAAAGAGAGAUGCAUGUGAAUUAAUUGAAAGGUAUUUAAAUCGAUUCAGCAGUGAACUAGAGCAGAUUGAAUUACAUAACAGCAUCAAAGACAGGCAGGGAAGGCGGCACUAUUCCCGGGAGACAGUCAUCAAGCAGACAAUGGAACGUGAGCGACAACAGUAUGAAGGAUAUGGCCUUGAGAUUCCAGACAUUGUAAAUGCAGGUAAUCUGAGAACUUUUAGGGAAUGGGAUUUCGAUCUGAAGAAAUUGCCAAACAUUAAAAUGAGAAAAAUUUGUGCUAAUGAUGCAGUCCCCAAGAAGUGUAAGAAGAAAACUGUUACGGCUGUGGACAAAGAUUUAGGGGAGCUGGAACUAAAAGAUGAAUCAAGUGAUUCAGAUGAGGAAAUGACAGCAGUGGCCUAAUUGUCCUUUGCUUGAGGUGAAAGCAAAUAAUUGGAGAGCUUCAAGUUUUGUUUGACCUGACUAUGGUUAACUAACUGUCCAGAUACAAGAAUUUGCUAUGUAACUUCUUUCAUGAUGAGAAUCCCAUUUGCAGUUUCAAAAACAGUGUUAUGAUUUUCAUUUAAAAAUGAAUGUUGCUUUUUGUUUACAUUAAAUUGCUAAAAUAGAUAUAGUGAAAUAAAAGCACAGUCUAAGAUCCAUUUAAUCUGAAUUUCCCGGGCAGGGGGAGUGAUAUGAAUAAGGACAGAAAUGUUUUGAUUUUUUUCCUCAUGUUUACCUCGGAUCACCUGAUCUCACAUUCUGGGCCUUGUAUAGCAACAUGUUUGCUGUAAGGGUCCUAAGGAUACUUCUUGAGCAGUAAUGAUAGCAAAAUUGGCUUUCAGUAAUAGUGUUUCACUAAUCUUCCUCUUAAAUAUAACACCUAUUUUCUUUCCUUGUAAAAUAAGGAAAAUGUGAUAGGGAAUAAAUAUACACUGAUAGAUUGUACGUUAUUUUUACUAUCUUUAAGCCAGAGUUAAAUGGUAAAGUAAAAAACUGGUGACUGUUUUCAUGAUGUUGGCCUCCCACACUUAAUCUGUUAUCUUUUGAUCGAGGAGAUAAAUGAUUUCAGGUGAACUCUGUUUCUGUAUUGUUUUCUGCUUUCUCAUGAAAAAUUAUAGGUUUUAUUUUUGGAAACAACUAAUGAUUAGAGAAUCAGUUAUUGCAAUUGUGUUAUUUGUGUUAUUUAUUCUUCUGAGAGAUAGGCUAAAUGACAUAUAACUCAGUAUUUCAAGUAUCAUGAAAGACAUGGAUGUGUUAGAAUGUUGUUCUUCGUAGAACUUGUUAAAGGCAAUUAUCUUUUAGGCUAUUUUCUAAAGGAUACAAUGCAAAUGUAUUUGAGUAUUUUCAAGAAAAGAAACACAAAACAUUAAUGCUGUAAGAGGUUAACUAGAUAUCAACUAAGUCUUAAUAACUUAUUUAAAAUG